AUGCGUGUGGACAAGGGUCCUCUGGAGCUGGUGGGAUUUGCUUGUGCACCCUCCGGCUCUGGAGACACUGUUAUUGCAUGUGCUGCCUGUGCUCCUCUCUCAGUGUCCAAGUGCUCCGAAGAGAUCAAGAACUACAUCGAGGAGCGGUCGGGGGAGGACCCGCUGGUGAAGGGGGUUCCCGAGGACAAGAACCCCUUCAAGGAGAAGGGAGGCUGUGUCAUCGCUUAG